AUGUUGAAUAAAAAAUUAUAUAAUAUAACAUGCACAACUAAAGAAGCAAACCAUUUAUUAGGUCAAUUAAAAAUAGAAUUUUAUAAACGUUUUCAUGAUGCAGAAAAAAUUAGAUUACUAGCAAUAUCUACAAUUUUAGAUCCUCGUUUCAAACGAAUUCAUUUUGAAGGACCGUUAAAUGCAGCUAAUGCAGUUGGGUUUAUACGUGAAGAAAUUAAAAGCAAAAAUAAUCAUCCUGAUAAUUCAAAUCAACGUGAAACUGAAGUUACUUCUAACAUCAGGCCAAAAGUUACACAAGAAAGUUUAUGGGAAGACCAUGAUUUGCAAGUUUCUCAGCAGUGUCUUUCUACUACAGAUGACUCUACAUAUUUAUCUGCCAUUAAAUUAUAUCUUCAAUCUAAUGUUGAAGAUCGUACAAGUUCAUCAGUUAUAUUUUGGGAAAAUACCCAUUACAAAUGUCUUUCAAAUUUGGGACUGAAGUAUUCAUGUAUUCUGGCUUCAUCUGUACCGUCAGAAAGGUUAUUUUCUUCGGCUGGUAAUAUAUUAACUGAUUGUCGUUCUCGUUUACUUUCCAAACGUUUUGAACAAUUAACAUUCUUAUAA